AGCGGCCGGCGCCGGUCUCCCGCAAGCAGCGGCUCAUGGCAGCCGUGGGCGAGCGGGCGGCGGGCGGCGGCGGCGCGCCACUGUCCUGCUUCAUCUGCGGCGGCGGCAUCGGGCGCGGCAAGGAGCUGAAGCUGCAGGUGAAGCAGCCGGCGGCGGGCGCGGGGACCCCGGCGCAGCCCUUCUUCCCGUUCCUACAGCAGCAGGAGCCUGCGCCCGGCGCGCGCGAGCUCUGCCCGGCCGACGGCUGCGUGCUGGUGUGCGCCGUGUGCCGCUGCUUCCUGGGCGAGCAGUGGGCGGCCUUCGAGCGCGCCCGCACGCCCGUGGACAAGCGCAUGUACUGGCUCAAGCGACCCCACCAGUGCGACGCGGGCGCGGGCGGGCGCCGUGGGGGCGCCGGGGCCCCACGCGAGUGGAACAUCGCCUACGCGCUGGGCAGCGGCGUGGGCGACGACGACGAGGACGGCGGCGGGGGUCGCGGUCCCCACGCGGCCGCCGAGGACUCCCGGGACUCGGAACUGUCGGAGCUGUCGGACGCGGAGCCCCUGUCCGAGCCGGACCCGGCAGUGCGCGACGCCGCCAGUUCGCCCCCGGUCGGGGCGCCGGCUGCGCGCGUGGGCUGCGGCCAGCAGUGGAGGCCGCUGCCAGGACACCCGCCGGGACGGGGCGCUGAGGAGGAGGACGACGAGCAGGAAGAGAAGGAGGACGGGAUCCCCUCGAGGCUCCCGGUGGAGAGGGAGCCCAAGCCCACCGCACGGCGCGGGCGGAAGGGGCUCAGGCGGCCCUGGGGCCUCGAACCCCGAGCCAGCGUCCUGAGGGUCAUUCAGGACCCCUGGCCAGGCCCUCCUGGCCCAGCGGCUGCUGUGGGCGACGGGAAAGGCGUGCCCUUGGGCAGGGCCUCCAAGCCCCGAGACUCCAUGCCACUGGGGGACCCCCUCGGAGGCUGCUGCACCUCGGAGGACAGCGACAUCAACAUCACCAGCGAGGAAGAGGACCGCAAGGAGCCGGUUCUGCCGGGCCCCUGCGUGUCUAAGGAGAAGGAAAACGGGGGCCGGACCCCAAUGGAGAGCCGGGCCGGGCCGCCCGAGGGCCUGUGCUGCUACAUCUGCGGGGUGGCACUGUCCCCGGCCUCCCAGCACCAGAUCCACGUGCAAAAGCAGGAGAAGCACGCCCAGGCGCCCUUCUUUCCCUCGCUGUGGUUGCACAGCCCGCCCCCAGGGGCUCAGCCCAUCAGCCCCGGAGGCAGCACGCUCGUGUGCCGCUGCUGCUUCUCUGCCCUCACGCAGCAGUGGCGGAGCUUUGAGCUGGCCGACGUGCCAGUCCUGCAGCGCCUCUACGUGGUCCCCAUGACGGGCCAGGCCUCGGGCGGCGUGACUCCCAAGGGCCGCAGGCCGCCCCGGGACGCGUCUCUGGGGACAGCCGAGGAGGCCUGCUACCUGUGUGGGGAGGACUGCACGCAGGAUGCCCGGGCGGUGCCCUCCAGGACCCUCAAUGGCAGCAGUGCCCGCAACAUCAUGCACUUCCCCUUCCUCAGUCUCCUGCCCUGCCCGCCCAAUGCCCGGGGCCCCAACAAGCGCUGUGAGGUGCGCAGCUGUCCCCGCUGCUUCAGCGUCCUGGAGGAUGUGUGGGCCUUGUACCGGGCCUCGCGCAACGAGGAGCUCAUCACCUCCGUGCAGGCCUUCCUGGGCAGGUACCACCAAGCCUUCGCUGCCACCACCGCUGCCUCGGACCCUGCGCCCCCUGAGCUGCCCGCUGGGCCACCAGCCAUCUGCUACAUCUGCGGGGCUGAGCUGGGUCCCGGGAAGCAGUUCCAGCUGCCUGUGAACCCCUCGGGCCGCCUGGGUGAGACGGAACCCUUCUUCCCCUUCCUCACCGUCUACCCGCCGGCCCCACGUGCCCGGCCCGCAGACUCCACUGGCCUGGUGACCGCCUGUGUGUUGUGCUACCACGACCUGCUGGGCCAGUGGCUGCAGCACGAGGCCCACGGCCCACACCACGCCGCCAGCGCCUGGGCCCGGCAGUACCAGGUGGGCACAUUUGUGUGCUUCUUCUGUCAGCGUGAGAAGCAGCGGUGCUUGGGGCUGAAGCCCGUGCGGGUGGCGCGGCUGCCCCUGUUCCUCUACACCCUGCGGGCCAGCCGCAGCCUGCUGGUGGACGAUGGGCGGCAGCUGAUCAUUGGUGCCUGCUUGGAGUGCGGGACCCUGGUGUGUGCUGGCCAGGGCCUGGCCCGCCAGGGGCCUGCCAGCUGGAGCUCCCCGGUGGAGUCUGUGACAAAGGUCACCUCUGCCUCUCUGGAAGCGUCUGCAGCUGUCCGGCCUCCUGCCCGGGAGCCCGAGCCUCGGCCUGCAGUCCCGGCAGAGAGCCUGUCCGGAGGCUCUCGGACCACCCAGGAGCAGAGUCCAGCCCGAGGCCAGCAGAGCAGCCAGCACGAGGACGGAGCAGAUGCUGUGGGCACAGGCAUGAGCCAUGAGCCCAAGUCCCCCUCGCUAGGGAUGCUCUCCACCGCCACCAGGACCACCGCCACCGUCAACCCCCUCACCCCCUCGCCGCUCAAUGGCGCCCUGGUGCCCAGUGGCAGCCCUGCCACCAGCAGCGCGCUGCCCGCCCAGGCCGCGCCGUCCUCCGGCUUUGCCGCUGCGCUGCGCAAGCUCGCCAAACAGGCGGAGGAGCCCAGAGGGUCAUCGCUGAGCAGCGAGCCGUCCCCCGUGUCCUCGCCGGCCACCAACCACAGCUCCCCGGCCAGCACGCCCAAGCGUGUGCCCAUGGGCCCCAUCAUUGUGCCCCCUGGGGGCCACAGCGUCCCUAGCACGCCGCCUGUGGUGACCAUUGCCCCAACCAAGACUGUCAACGGCGUGUGGAGGAGUGAGAGCCGCCAGGACUCCAGCUCAAGGGGCGGCAGCAGUGGGCGGGAACGCCUCCUCGUGGAGCCUCCGCUGCCCCAGGAGAAGGCUGGCGGCCCAGCCAUCCCUUCGCACCUACUCAGCACCCCCUACCCCUUCGGCAUCUCCCCCGGCUCCGUUGUGCAAGAUUCCCGAUUCCCGCCGCUCAACCUGCAGCGGCCCGUGCACCAUGUGGUGCCCCCUAGCACCGUCACCGAGGACUACCUACGAAGCUUCCGGCCGUACCACACUGCUGAGGACCUGCGCAUGUCCUCCCUGCCGCCCCUCAGCCUUGACCCGGCCGCAGCGGCCGCCUACUACCACCCCAGCUACCUGGCCCCACAUCCCUUCCCCCACCCAGCCUUCAGGAUGGAUGACUCCUACUGCCUGUCGGCCCUGAGGUCACCCUUCUACCCCAUCCCUGCCCCCGGCUCCCUGCCCCCACUGCACCCAUCUGCCAUGCACCUCCACCUGUCUGGAGUGCGUUACCCCCCAGAGCUCGCACACUCGUCCCUGGCCGCGCUACACGCAGAGAGAAUCUCAGGCCUCAGCGCCGAGAGGCUGCAGAUGGACGAGGAGCUGAGGCGGGAGCGGGAACGCGAGCGUGAGGCUGACCGGGAGCGGGAGAAGGAGCGGGAGCUGGAGCGGCAGCGUGAGGAGCGGGAACAGGAGCGUGAGCGGGAGAAGGAGCGCGAGCGGCAGCGGGAGCAGCGGGCCCGGGAGAAGGAGCUGCCAGCUGCCAAGGUGCUGGAGCCAGCCUUCCCACCCGCGGCCGAGCUGCACGUGCUGCGGGGCCACGCCACUGAGGAACGGGUCAGGUCCGCGGAGCAGCUGACCCCGACGCGAGCAGAGAAGGUGAAGGAGCCGGGCCUGCAGGCGCCCAAGCCCGUGCAGCACCCUUUGCACCCGGUACCCGCCCCUCACCACGCAGUGCCCAGCCUCAUCUCCACGCACGGCAUCUUCUCCCUGCCGGGCAGCAGCGCCGCCACAGCCCUGCUGAUCCAGCGCACCAACGAGGAGGAGAAGUGGCUGGCCCGGCAGCGGCGGCUGCGGCAGGAGAAGGAGGACCGGCAGUCGCAGGUGUCCGAGUUCCGGCAGCAGGUGCUGGAGCAGCACCUGGACCUGGGCCGGCCCCCAGCACCGCUGGAGGCGGAGCAGCGGUCUGACAGCGCCAGGCCAGGACCAAACCGUCACGAGCCAGGCAGCCGGGAUCCCCCGCAGCACUUUGGGGGACCACCACCUCUCAUCUCCCCCAAGCCCCAGCACCACACUGUGCCCACGGCCCUCUGGAACCCCGUGGCCCUCAUAGACAACACCCUGGAGACGCGACGUGUUGAAAGCCACACUCUGCAUGGCCACUCGGCCGCGUUCGAGCCCAGCCGCCAGGCUGCAGUGCCUCUGGUGAAGGUGGAGCGUGUGUACUGCCCGGAGAAGGCCGAGGAGCCCCGGAAGCGCGAGGCGGCCCCCCUGGACAAGUACCAGCCCCCGCCGCGGGAGGCGGGCAGCCUGGAGCCACAGGCCUUCUCCCACGGGCCGGGACCCUUCCUAGCUGACCUGGAGAAGUCCACGCAGACCAUCCUGGGCCAGCAGCGGUCCUGCCUCCCCCAGGCCACCUUUGGGGAGCUCAGCAGGCCAUUGAAGGCCGACUCACCCUACCGGCCCCCGGCACCGCGGGCCCCCGACCCCGCCUACAUCUAUGACGAGUUCCUACAGCAGCGUAGGAGGCUGGUCAGCAAGCUGGACCUGGAGGAGCGCAGGCGGCGGGAGGCCCAGGAGAAGGGGUACUAUUACGACCUCGAUGACUCCUACGACGAGAGCGACGAGGAAGAGGUCAGGGCCCACCUGCGCUGUGUGGCCGAGCAGCCGCCCCUCAAACUGGACACAUGCUCCGAGAAGCUAGAGUUUUUGCAACUUUUUGGCUUGACCACCCAACAGCAGAAGGAGGAGUUGGUGGCCCAGAAGCGGAGGAAGCGCCGGCGGAUGCUGAGGGAGAGAAGCCCUUCGCCGCCGCCCCUGCAGAGCAAGCGACAGACGCCCUCCCCGAGGCUGGUGCUGUCCACCCGCUACAGCCCCGAGGACAUGAACAGCAGCCCCAACCUGGAGGAGAAGAAGAAGUUCCUAACCAUCUUCAACCUGACCCAUGUCAGCACCGAGAAGAGGAAAGACAAGGAGAGACUUGUAGAACUGCUCCGUGCCGCGAAGCAGAGGGCACUCUCGGCAGUGGCAGCGACAGACGCGCUGGCAAGCUCUCCGAGGGACAGUCCCACCGUCUCCCUGAGUGAAGCAGACACGCAGCCCGUGCCGCUGGAGACUGACAAGCCCGUGGGUGGAGCCGCCUCCUUGUCCGACAUCCCCAAGGCUGUGGAGCCCGGCCGACCGGAACAACUCCGCGUCCAGGAGCCCGCCCCUGCCAGCGGUGAGAAGGCCAGGCCGAGCGAGGCCCCCGGGGGCAAGAAGAGCCUGAGCAUGCUGCAUCACGUCCGGGGUGCCGCGCCCAAGGACAUUCCUGUGCCGUUGUCCCACAGCGUCAACGGGAAGAGCAAGCCCUGGGAGCCCUCCGUGGCUGAAGAGUUUGCGCACCAGUUCCAUGAGUCGGUGCUGCAGUCCACCCAGAAGGCGCUGCAGAGGCACAAAGCAGUGCUGUCCGCAGAGCUGACCCACAAGGCUGAUGCUUCCGUCCGCUACAACAUCCCCGAGCUGCAGUCCACGGGCCGGCUUCCUGCGCCCCAGCACAACGGGCAGCAGGAGCCCCCAGCUGCGAGGAAGGGCCCGCCGGCGCAGGAGAUGGACUGCAACUCAGCGGAAGAGGAGGAGGAGGAAGAGGACGACGAGGAGGAGGAAGACGUUCCCAGGCGCAAGUGGCAAGGGAUUGAGGCGAUAUUUGAAGCUUACCAGGAACACAUAGAAGAGCAAAACCUGGAGCGGCAGGUGCUGGAGACGCAGUGCCGCCGGCUGGAGGCGCAGCACUACAGCCUGAGUCUCGCGGCCGAGCAGCUCUCACACAGCAUGGCAGAGCUGAGGAGCCAGAAGCAGAAGACUGUGUCAGAGAGAGAGAGGCUCCAGGCCGAACUGGACCACUUACGGAAGUGCCUUGCCCUGCCUGCGAUGCACUGGCCUCGGGGCUACUUCAAGGGGUACCCUAGGUGACGGUUUCCCGUACACCAGGCUGAACCUAUAGCAUAGAAAAUAUUAUCUAUUUUAUUACCUUGAAUAUUUAAUAUUUUUCACUGGGAGGUUUGAAGCUUAAAACAAGGAUGUGCCAUGCAUGAAGCAAAGGUUCCACACCAGGGAACACAGCGCUCCCCUCGACCGGCCGCCCGCCUCAUCCUCUUCCCCGCGCAGCACACCACCAACACUAACUGGCACCUGCUCCUGGCCUUGCUGCGAGCCACUGCGGCGUCGGCUGGCAGGGGUUGGUCUCCUUCCUCGGGCC